GCCCGGCCCGGCCCUCGGCCCCGCGCCGCUUUGAAUCGUGGCGGGAAGGCGGCGGCGGCGGCCGUUGGAGGACGUGAGGCGAGGCUGGGACGGGACGGGACGGGGGGGGAGCGGCCGUUUGGGUCGGUUUAACGGAGGGACAUCUGUCUGAGGCUGCCCUCCGGGCAAAGUGCGAGGGUCCGAAGUGACAGCGGCAGCGAAACAGAGAUAAAGGUAUCAAGGCGAGGAGAACAGAUUUGUAUUCAGGACUAUUUUGAGGGGCGGACAGCCUUAUCUUCAGUCGCAUAUUUAGGAGACUACGCUUCAUAGUAAAUGUCCUCUAAGAAAAAGAUGAAGGGAAAUCAUUCCAGAGAUAAAUUGAAGGAAGACAAAAGCAGCUCCCGUCCUCGUUGGAAAUUACUUCCACCUGAGGAGCCAGAUGUCUCAAGGAUAUUGAAGGUGGCUGAAGCAAAUCAGCUUGAGGAGCUUGACGAUUCAUUUGAUCACCCUUUGCACAGUACUGCUGUGGAUGCUUAUGGAGAGGAACGUUCGGAAAGCGAGUCACUUAGUUAUGUUUCAGCUCCACAACAGAAAAAGGCAGAAAGAAGUGAACAAAUGCACUUGAAAAUGUCUGAAGGUGAUGUUGACAAAUCCAACUCAGCUGAUUCUACAGAUGAGCCCCUUAAGGAGAAUAUGAAAGCUCCAAGUACUGCUCAACUCUGGUUGAAAAAGAAGAAACAACCUUCAGAGAAGAGCACACCAGACUCCUCUGUUAAUAGCCCGUGUUCUGUAGAGGUUUGGUGUCCCAAAGAUCUGAAAAGGUCUUCCAGAGAUAUUACAGAACUGGAUGUUGUUCUGGCUGAAUUUGAAAAGAUAACGGCAAAUUACAGACAAAGCAUAGAAUCAAAAAUUUGCAGAAAAGCUGUCAAUGGCUUCUGUUCUGCUUUCAAGGACCAAAUCACUGAUCUUAUAACAGAAGUCCAGGAAUUAAAGAACGUGAAGAAAAAAAAUGCUAAGGUAGUGGCAGACAUCAAAAAGAAAAGGCAGCGACUGAUGCAAGUCAGAGAAGAGCUAAUUGGAGCUGAAUCACAACUGGUAGAACUACAAAGAGAAUACACUGAGGUACAGGAGAGGAAAUCUUCCCUGACGCAAGCAGUUCAAUUCCUUGCUGAUUUGACGGAGCUACACCAGGACUACUUGGAUUACAGAGAAGAAAACCCAAGAGAAAAAGUGGUACAGUAUGGAACUUCCAGCCUACCUGCUCUGCUGGUGGAAUCACGGAGAAUUCUAGGAGCAGAAAGACACUUUCAGAAUAUUAAUAGGAAACUGGAGGAUGCUCUGGACGUACAAAGAGGAAAGGUAUCACAGAAAGAUUAAGUGCUUUUUAAUAGACUUUUUGACAAUAAGUGAUCACUAUUAUAAUGGACUCUGUUUUAAGUUUGUUUAAUCGUUGUUGGUCUUCGCUAUCUACAAAGUCAGUGACUUCAUCAUAGAUUCUAUCUUGUCAAAUAGUUUGUGUAAGAACUUAGUGUCAAUGAAAUGAAUGAAAUACCAAUUCCAGUUAAUGUAGUAAAACUUCCUGUGUUCUGUCAAAGAUGAUUUUUAGUCUUGGGUUAUUUAUAUAUUGCUUUCAAGAUCACAUUACUUAGUUUAAAAAGAGAACACACGGACUUUGGAUGAACCUAGUGAUAAACAUAUUUUUUAUUAAAUUUGUAUUUGAAAUAAAUAAUUUCGUCCCA